UUUCCUGAUUACAUAGCUGCAAAUCAGGUUUCUGGAGUGUUGACAAACAUAUGUAGAUUCUUCAUAGCAUAUCCAUAAUUAGGAACUGUAAUAUUUGAAAUGAUCCAAGAGCUUUCUUGUUGAAGCAUUUCCUUCCGUUGAAUGGGCCUCCUUUGAAAGAUCAAAUUGAACAGAUUCUGAAGAGUGGCAUUCUUGCAGAAGAGUUGCAACAGUUUGCGUAGAUUGGUUGUUGGUCGGAAAAUGGUGAAGGAACUCGGCCCCGGAGCUCACAACCUGCCGGCGGAUGUUACUCAGUUGAUUGACCAACUAGAGCGCCACUGCUUAGCUCCCGAUGGUUCUCUCAUUUCCAAAUCCACCUACUAUGAUCUCCAACUCGCGAGGGAGGAGAUGACGAAAGAGCGACAGCGCUAUUUGGAAGCGUUGGCAGUUUACAUAGAAGCAGUUGGGAUGGUGGAAGAAUAUCAGCAAGCUCUUUCUGUGGCUAAUCUUGGUGGUAUUCGAGACGUUCAGGGCCACUACCCUCAGAUCGGUUUGAAAAACCCUCCUCAGGUUUAUGAAGCUCUUGAGCAUCGGAUGGUAGUUGCCGAAGCUGCUCAAAGGUUGAGGCUACCUCUGAUUUCCAAAGAUGGUGAGGUUCAAGAUGAUGAAAUUGAGAAAUGUAUACUCUCAAGAAGUUCCCUUGACAGUUCAGUCACCAGUGUUACAGUGAGCUCCAACUCAAUUUCAACUAAUUUCACUAAUCUGUCUGCAAGUGGCACUGCUGCUGCUGGAAUUAGUGCUCCAUCUAGUAGUGCUAGUGAUGCUUCAAAACCUUCUAUUGGAGGUGUUCCUAAUCGGUACCUUGGAAUAACACCUACUUAUUUAUGGCAAACUCAACUCCUGCAGUCACCACUAUCCAUGCAAUCACCACUAUCCAUGGACAUGGCCGAAUAUCAGAUAUUGCUUUCACGUGAGGUCGGGAGUCGGUUAGAUGCUAAAUGUGAUAAGUUAGCAGACGUUGUUGCUAUAGACGACAUCGAUCCAUCAGCUAGUAAUCAAAUACCAACUGCUCGUCUUCCCGAAAGGGUAAAGUUGAUAAUUGAGGAGAUUGAGAGAGAAGAAGCAACCUUGCGUGAAGAUUUGUAUUCAUCAGACAGAAAAUUUGCAGAAUAUUACAACGUUUUGGAGCAGAUACUAGGAGUGCUUAUCAAGCUUGUCAAAGAUAUAAAGUUGAAACAUCAGCAUAAAUAUGAUGAGCUGCAAAAGACUUGGCUGAGCAAAAGAUGUGAUACCAUGAGUGCAAAAUUGAGGGUUUUAGAGCACAUUCUCCUGCUUGAGACUUAUACACCAGACACAAUUCCAGCACUCCAUAAAAUAAGGAAAUAUUUGGUUGAAUCUACAGAAGAAGCUUCACUUGCAUAUAAUAAAGCGGCCACCCGUCUCCGUGAGUAUCAGGGUGUUGAUCCGCACUUUGACAUGAUUGCCAGACAAUACCAUGACAUAGUCAAGAAAUUGGAAAAUAUGCGUUGGACUAUCCAGCAAGUUGAAAUGGACCUGAAGCGUUUGCCCGCUCAUCCUGGAGCCUGAGUAUUUUGAUUCUGUCUUUCCACUCCAGGAGAUCAAUGCAUUAGAGGAUUUAAGUUACAAGAGCUCAUUGUUGUGUGUAUUGCAUUUUUAUCAAGUUGUCUAAUUUACACAUCCUGUUGCCAAUGUUGCAACUUGCAACAAGAGCAUUUAGAGUUGCAACACUAAUUAAAUACCAUGUCAAAUAGUAAAAUAUUUUAUUAAAAAUUUGGUCUUAAAUAGCAAAUUUUUUCUCAAUGUA